GAUCAUUUAGCAUGCAAAGAUCACAAUGCAACUUGAAUUUGAAAUAAACCUUCUUCACAUAUCUUGAGUGUAAUAUACCAAUUUACAUAAGAAAAAAAAGAGAUGGAAGCUCGUCAUUUUUUUGCUUGCCUUAUUUUCUUUGCCAUGUCUUCCUAUGUGGCCUACGCGACGGAUCCUACUCAGCUACAAGACUUUUGUGUUGCGGUGAAUGAUCCAAACAAAGAACUGUUUGUGAAUGGACUGUUCUGUAAGAAUCCAAUGGACGCCAAACCCGAGGAUUUCUUUUUCGAUGGGCUAGACAAGCCAGGAUUCACUGGCAACAUGUUACGUUCCAAUGUCACACUAGUCUCCGCGUUACAACUUCCAGGGCUCAACACCCUCGGCAUAUCUUUGGCUAGGAUUGACUACGCACCCUAUGGCCUAAAUCCCCCUCACACUCAUCCUCGUGCAAGCGAAAUCCUUACGGUUAUGGAAGGAACCCUCUAUGUUGGUUUCGUAACCUCCAACCUUGCAAACGGCGAUAACAAGUUGUUUGCUAAGGUGCUUAACAAAGGAGAUGUUUUCGUUUUUCCACAAGGUCUCAUUCAUUUCCAAUUCAAUGCUGGAAAAACUCCUGCUGUUGCUAUUGCCGGAUUAAGCAGCCAAAACCCUGGUACGGUCACUAUUGCUAAGGCCGUGUUCGGGGCUGAGCCACCUAUCUCUGUCGAUGUUCUAAGCAAGGCCUUCCAGCUAGAUGAAUACAUGGUAAAGAAGCUCCAAUCACAGUUUUGGAUGAGCACCUAAUUCUUCCACGACUUUGGACUAUUUAUACAAAAUUGUUUAUGUGGUGUUUGAUAUGAAGAAUACUACAAUAUUUUAUUUUUGCUUAUAUUUUGAUUUGAAUAAUAACCAAGUGAUCGAUAUGGGCUUGGUUUGUCAACGUUGUUUCAUCAUCAUGUUAUAAAUGUAUCCUACUAUGCAUGGGAUAUUAUUUCCUUAUUUACUUGUUAUAAAAGUGAAUUAUUACGGAAAAGUAUUAUCAAUUACUACUUUGGUCCUUUUUUUUUCUU